AAAGGAGCUAGAUCUCUUGGUCUCUUGGGCUACCUCCUGCUGCUUUCCCAGAGGCAGGAGCGUGGAGCUGGAUCUGAAGUGCAGUCAGGUAUGCCUACCAGCUUUGGGAUAUAGGAUGCUGGGGCCAGCAUGGGUUAAGUCAAGGCCAGGUCCGGUUACCCAUUUCUCAUACCAGACUUAGCUGAGCCAUUGAUUUGUUGGGUUGUUUCCCCCAAAGCGGCACAGCUCCGGAGUGACUUGGUUAGUUAGGAUGGAAGUGCUCCGCCCCUCCAGCCCUAUCUGCAUUUGAGCACUUAGAAGUGGGCAGGGUCAUCCAGUGAGGUUCUGUGCUCUGGAGCUGGUUAGAAGCUAGAUGGAGUCCAGAGAGAGUUCCCCGGCACGCAACUUCCAGAUUUCCAGGAAACCUGAUCGCCAGGAUCCUCGGGCAUUUGCGAGCGCGCGAGGGAUGUACUUCUACUGGGGCGCAGGAGAGCAGCCUCAGCGGCGGGUGGUGAGAGGCUCCAGGCUGCACCUGGCGGCCAGCGGGGAGCGCCACUCCUUGCUGCUGCUGACCGACGGUACUGUGUGGUCCUGCGGAGACAACGGCCGGGGCCAGCUAGGCAGGAAGGGUGUCAAGCACGCCAAGCAGCCAGAACAAAUCCAGGCAUUGGAGACUCUACACAUCAACUCGGUGAGCUGUGGGAAGGAGCACUCCCUGGCGGUCUGUCACAAAGGAAGGGUCUUCGCAUGGGGAGCAGGUUCUGAAGGACAGCUGGGCCUUGGAGAAUUGAAGGAAACCGUAUUUACACCGUUGAAAAUAAAAGCUCUGAGUGAAAUAAAAAUAAUACAAGUUUCCUGUGGACACCACCAUUCCCUGGCAUUGUCAGCAGAUAGUCAAGUGUUUUCCUGGGGGAAAAACAGCCAUGGUCAGCUGGGCCUGAACGGGGAGCUCUGCUGGCAAGUCAGCCCACAGAGGGUGAAGUCCCUGCAGGGGAUCCCCAUGGCUCAGGUGGCAGCCGGAGGUGCUCACAGCUUUGCCCUAUCUGUCUCUGGGACUUCAUUUGGCUGGGGAAGCAACAAUGCAGGUCAGCUGGCCCUCAGCGGGAGUCAUGUCCUUGCACAAAGCCCCAAGCCUCGUUCCAUUGGCGCCCUGCAGACACUUGGAGUGGUUUUCAUCAGCUGUGGUUCUGAGCAUACGGCAGUGCUCACUCAGGAUGGGAAAGUGUUCACAUUUGGAGACAAUAGUUUUGGACAGCUGGGAUACAGCUCCACUGCUGAGAAGAAGGGUCCACAACUCGUGGAAGGAAUCGCUGGGCAGGUUUCACAAAUAGAUUGUGGAAGUUAUCACACUCUGGCAUUUGUCUACACCAGCGGUCAGGUGGUCUGUUUUGGUCGUGUAACAAGUGACACAAGCAACCCGGCUCCUGCAGAGGACAUAACAGAAGACUUUAGUAUUAGGUGCCUGAUUUCUGCUGACGACCUGGUGGAUGUUCAAGUCAAACACAUUUUUGCUGGAACAUAUGCUAAUUUUGUAACAACCUGUCAGGAUGUUGCUUCCACAACUGUUCCCAGGAAAAACCUUCCAGAAAUAAGCCGAAUUAAUCAAGCUCUGAUAAGAAAAUGCACAGAAGUGAAAAGAAGAAGCGAUGAACAAGAGGCUAAAAGGGAAAUUAGAAUGAUCUUUUCAUCACCUGCUUGUCUAACUGCAAGUUUUUUAAAGAAAAGGGAAAUGCAAAAAAACUUUUCCAUUGAUGUGGACCUAGAAAUGGCAGGAGACAUCUUCAGGAAGUUAACAGGACAGAAAUGGAUUUCGUCUAUGAUAACAACAUGUCUUCAGGAAGAUCUCCUCAGAGCUCUCCCUUACCGUUCUCCACACCAAGAAGCUUUGUUAAUUUUCCUUCUGCUCCCAGAGUGUCCUGUGAUGUGGGACCCUAACAAUUCAAAUGAGCUGGUGGUUCCGUUCGCAGAGGCUGUUUGUGAAAUGAAUAACAAGUCUUUAAAAAUCCUGAAAAAGUGUUGUGGAACCUUGAAAGAAUCUUCUCUGAACACACUGGUCCAGAUGCUUAAAACAGCUGUCGUCACUCAGAUUAAAUCCAUUAAACAUGAUAAAACUGAUAAAAACCUGAAAGCUCUUCUAGAAACAUUGAAAAAGGUGCAUACGGUGAACAAAACUCUCUGCCGACUGCCAGAAAAUGCUUUCCACAUACUUGAGCUCUCCAACUUCCUUGAUACAGAGGAAACUGAAAUCGCUUUCAGUCUCAUUUUCAAGGAUUUCCCAUUUAUCUUCGAUUUGCUUUCCAAAGUUAGAAUACUGCAAAGAAAUUCAUCGGCCAUAAAGCGGAUGAUUCAAAUGAAUUCUCUACUACUAUAUCAUGAAUCACCCAUUUUUAAACUUAGAGUAAGACGAACUCACUUGGUUGAAGAUGCUCUGCGUCAGUUACGUGCAGCUGAACGCCAUGAACUUCAUAAAGAUUUGGUGGUUGAAUUCAUCAAAGAAAUUCGUCCUGAGGCUGCUGGGGUCCGUUCCGAAUUCUUCCAUUGUAUGUUUGAAGAGAUGACCAAACCAGAAUAUGGAAUGUUCAUGUACCCAGAAAAGGAUUCCUUAAUGUGGUUUCCUGUCACACCUCAACCUGAGAAGAACUACUUCCUCUUUGGACUACUCUGCGGACUGGCCCUCUUCCAUUCUAACAUUGCUAACCUUCCCUUCCCACUGGCAUUGUAUAAGAAACUUCUGGACCAGAAGCCCACGUUGGAAGAUUUAAAAGAUCUCAGUCCUGUCUGGGGGAAGAGUUUGCAACGAAUUCUAAACAGCAAAGCUGAUGACUUUAGAAAACUCGACAUGAAUUUUUCUAUAUACUGGGAUCAAAAUGAUGUUGACUUAAUUCCAAAUGGGAUUUCCAUACCUCUGAACCAAACCAAUAAGAAAGAUUAUGUCUCUCGAUGUGUGGACUAUGUGUUCAAUGUCUCUGUAAAGGAAGUGUAUGAGAAAUUUCAGCUAGGAUUUUAUAAAGUCUGUGACUGGGAGCUCAUCGAGAAAUUCCACCCUGAAGAACUCAUGAUGGCAAUGACUGGAAAUCCUGAUUAUGACUGGAAACAAUUUGAAGAGAAUUCGCAAUAUUUGAAUGGAUACCACAAGUCACAUCACACCAUACAGAUAUUUUGGAAGGCGUUCCACAAACUGACGUUGGAUGAAAAGAAAAAAUUCCUCUUUUUCGUUACAGCACGUGACAGAUUUCACGUAAAGGGCCUACAGAAAAUGGGGAUAAUAUUCUGCUUUUCUGGAACUCUGAGUGAAACAGACAACCUGAGAGCAACGACAUGUCGCAGCACUCUGUACCUCCCUAACUACAAGACGAUGCAGAGGAUGGAGGAGGCACUCCAAGUCGCCAUCAAAUACCGCCAUGGGUUCACCAGCCUCUGAGAUCACACUGCAGUCACCUCCGCCAGGGCCCCUCAGAUGUCCAAGCCUUCUCUCCCUGGGAUUCUGUUUUCUGCUAUCUAUUCAGCACAAGAAUGGGAUGACUUUUGUUAGGAUUGAUUCAAAAAUGGGGAGAAACAAUGUGGUGAAUCAAGACUAGUGUUCAUGAAGCAACACACAAUCCUUCAUUUUACUAAAUUACUUCCUGAAGAAAAUAUCAAGAAAAAAGCUGAUUACUAAAACCUCACAUUUUAAAAAAUAUAUAGCUCAUAAACAGUGAAACUGAAAAGUAAACUGAAAUCUGAAAAAAAAAUAAAAGGAAGAUCUUCCAUAUGUUGACUUUCUCUCCCAAAUGGAGAUGUUGAGGAGGACGAACUAUGUCCCUGUACCAAAUGGAGUGAACUAAUGGAGAGAUGUAAAUACAGUGGGAAAUUGCAACUGACUUUGUGGACCACUUUUUAUUUUAACAGUACAUACAGCUUUAAUACAGUACAUUAUUAGCAAUGUGAGUAAAGUAUUUUCCUGUGAUAAGAGCUUGGGAGUGUAAUGCUCCUGCCAGUGCGUAUGUCCUAUUGUGCCUUCUCAGACAAGACUGUGUAAGGUAUUGGCUUCAACUGCUGGACACCAAAAUACUCAGACAGCUGCACUGAGAGCCUAGGCUGUAGGCUCCGGUCUUUCCAGCCAGUACUAGCCCCUGAGCUCCACUGGGUGACCAAGCCAGUCUUUCCUGAAGAAAGGCAUCCCUCUAAUUUUAAUAGUACCACCGAGGCUUGCUUCCAUCCUGAGUAACCAUCCCUUGCUCCUUCUAUGGUCAGUGUGCCUCUUCUAUCAAAUGUCUUCCCUGUGAAUUUGCUCUUAUUCUUCUCCCUUCCUUAAGCAUUGAAAAAAAAUCUAUCAUUGAACUGUGUGGCAAUAAAUCAUGGGCUGCAUGAAA